AUGAUGGAUACGCAGACGAUGGAUAUGGGAAUCCAGGGCACAGUGGCUACGGCCCUCCCCCAGCGCAGUCGCAACCCCGCCCUAUGCGUCCGCCAGGGCCUCCAAGUGGACGACCGCCACCUGGAUUUGAUCCCCGCCGCGGACCACCACCAAGAGGAGGGGGAAGGCCCCGUAAUCGAUCUCGUGCUGGGGAGAACUAUGAUAACCCCUUUCCCUCCGUACCUCCAGCGAGGGAUCCUCGAGAUCCUCGAGAUCCUAGAGGCCCUCGUGACCCUAGAGAUCCUCGGGCUAGAGAUAAAAGAGAUCCCCGGGACCCUCGCAGUCGGCGGGGCCCGCCGCCUCCAGGAAUAG